AAUUCGAACGCCAUCUUUAUACCAGCGCUACCGGUAGCUACACUGGGGACGCUAAGCUGCUGCUCCACCACCACGGGAACCGCCGACUGACUAACCCACGUUCGAGCCUCUCUCCCUCCACCCGCACAUCAUCGACAGCCUGAUACUGAAAACCAUGGCAGACCGAGAGCACUUAGUAUAUCAGGCAAAACUCGCCGAACAAGCCGAGAGAUAUGAUGAAAUGGUGGAGUCCAUGAAGGAGGUGGCUGGGAUGGAUGUUGAGCUGACGGUGGAGGAGAGGAACCUGCUGUCGGUGGCCUACAAGAACGUAAUCGGGGCCCGCCGGGCCUCCUGGAGGAUCAUCAGCAGCCUGGAGCAGAAGGAGGAGAGCAAGGGCGGGGAAGACAAACUCAAAAUGAUCCGGGAAUACAGGCAAACGGUUGAGACUGAGCUGAAAUCAAUCUGUAACGACAUUCUGGAUGUACUGGACAAGCACCUUAUUCCAGCUGCCAACACAGGAGAGUCCAAGGUCUUCUACUACAAAAUGAAGGGGGAUUACCACAGGUACCUGGCAGAGUUCGCCACGGGCAACGACAGGAAGGAGGCGGCCGAGAACAGUUUGGUGGCGUACAAAGCGGCCAGCGACAUCGCCAUGAUAGAGCUCGCUCCCACACACCCCAUCCGGCUCGGACUGGCUCUCAACUUCUCAGUCUUUUAUUAUGAAAUUCUCAAUUCCCCCGACCGUGCGUGCAGGUUGGCAAAGGCAGCAUUUGACGACGCCAUCGCAGAACUGGACACCUUGAGUGAGGAGAGCUACAAGGAUUCCACCCUCAUCAUGCAGCUGUUACGGGACAACCUCACGCUAUGGACCUCAGACAUGCAGGGAGAUGAUUCUUAAGGACUGUCCCAUUCUCCCCUUCCCUAUAGAACUGUAUUAGUGAAGAACAGAACAAAGAGACAGUGCAGGAUGUGGAGGAGGAGACCCAGUGAGACGUCACACGGCCAAACUACACCCCCGUUCCUGCCCCGCUGCCCCCAUCUACCUGCCCUGCCCCCCCCCCCCCCUCCCCCAAAUCGACCUACCCUAAACCCCCUUCCCUGCCCCAUGUCUACCUGCCCUGACCCCUACCCCUCCCCCCAGGUUCUCCAGGGGUUGGGGGGGGGGGGGGGGUUUCACACCUCUGCUUUAACUCUGACCCAGCCCCCACCCACCCCCUCCCUUCUCUCUCUCUCUCUCUCUCUCUCUCUCUCCCGCUCUCUCUCCCGCUCUCUCUCCCGCUCUCUCUACCUCUGGUCUCAGAGCCCCUGGCGGCUGCCUGGAGUUGAUCUCUUCUCUCUCUGUCUUUAUUUUAUAUCCCCUUUAAUUAAUUGCCCCUUUAAUUAAAAAAUAUAUAUAUACAUGGAGAUAAACCCAAGCAAACCUUUUCAACCUGACUGGCUGAUGGAUUCAUUUUAAAACCUCCGGUUACAAAUCUGCUCUGUAGGGUUUGUCAUUUCUUUAGUUUCCCGUCUCUAGAUGUCGCUACAUCCUCAGUUGCCAAGUACGUUUUGCCUGCAGUGGUCACAUUCACGCGACAAAAACAUUGAUUUUGAACACUGAAACAUGACCCUCAUGCUGUCAGGUGUGUCUAGACUGUAACUUCCCUCUCAGGAGAGG